AUGCGUCCUACCUGCCUCGUGUCCAGCCGAAGAUUUUUGGCACAAAACUUUUAUGAUAGACGUAUCCUAGCAUUUUCUUCUACAUCGUUUGUGCGCAAGCAAUCCAAGCACUUACCUGAGCACGAGUACCAGGUACGUCUUGGAGCUGCGAUUCAAGUCCUGCGAGAGACACUGCCCACUUUCAUGGAACAGGGACUGGUGGAUCGCAUGCCCUCUGAAAAUUCGAGCUCAUUAUUACGAGUCCUCAAAAUGGGUGUUCCUAAACGGUUUUCGCAACCUCCUGACCAUUUGUAUCAUCACAACAUCCACUUUGCCUUCCAGCCUGCUCAUGCCACGAUCCCAUUUGGUAUGAUGUCCGCCUUGGCUGCACCGCAGUCUCCUGACAAGCAAGAGGGAGGUAAAGCAUGGUCUCCGUGUUUCUCCUUUCAUGGACGUAAUGCAUACUUUCUUGGGGCGAGUGUGCUUCGGCAUACGCUACAUGCAUGCUUUUCCGAGGCAUUAAUUCACAUGGAACACAUGCAAUUCCAGCGCAAAGCACCACCUGUUAUGGCAAGUCCGAAUUCGGCCCAACCAGGGGAUGAACUCAUUAUGCGCAUCCGCUUCUCCGGCACGAACCGAUUCUCCCAUUCGCAACAAACCUAUACAAUUGUUUCUCGUUACCGCUUCGACAGACAAACCGGCACUAUAUGUGAACAUAUUGUCGACAAGAUGAUGCCAUUACCUGGGGAGCAUGUGCUUCGAAGUGCAUCUGGGCUCGCCUCUCGGUUAGCCUAG